AUGCUGUUGAUCAUUCUCAACAUUUUUUGUGCUGGUUUGCAUGCAAGUGACCUUCCUUUAACGCUAGAUUAUUACAAAUCUACAUGUCCGACUGUGCUUGAGAUUGUGAAGAGCGAAAUGGAAUGUGCAGUGCUCUCUGAUCCUCGCAAUGCCGCCUUGAUAUUAAGAUUGCAUUUCCAUGACUGCUUUGUUCAGGGAUGCGAUGGGUCAGUUUUGCUGGACGACACAAUCACACUCCAAGGAGAGAAGAAGGCUCCCAUUAACUUUCAUGCUCUGAAAGGGUUCAGAAUCAUCGAUAGGAUCAAGAACAAACUCGAAUCCGAGUGUCCUGGAAUAGUCUCUUGUGCUGAUCUCCUCACUGUUGCAGCAAGAGAUGCAGUUAUUCUGGUUGGUGGACCUUAUUGGGAUGUUCCUCUUGGCAGAAAGGACUCCAAAACUGCAAACUAUGACCUUGUGAGCACAAAUCUUCCUACUGCAAAUGAGGGUCUUCUCUCUAUUAUAACAAAGUUUCUAUAUCAAGGCCUCUCAGCUGAAGACAUGGUAGCUCUUUCUGGUGCUCACACCAUUGGCAUGGCACGUUGCGUGAACUUCCGAGGAAGAAUCUAUGGAGACUUCGAAACUACUGCAACAAUGAAUCCAAUUUCUGAGACAUACCUCAGCAAACUGAGAUCCAUCUGCCCGGCUGCUCCGGCUACCAAGGCUGACAAUAACGAGUCCGCCUUGGACUAUGUCACACCUAACCUCUUUGACAAUUCUUAUUACCAUAUACUCUUACAAGGGGACGGACUGAUCAAUUCAGAUCAGGAACUGUAUUCCAGUGUUUUUGGACUCGAAACGAAGCAGCUUGUGCAGAAGUAUGCUGAAAAUGGUAUUGCUUUCUUCGAGAAAUUCGCAGAAUCGAUGGUGAAAAUGGGGAAUAUAAUAAAUCCAGACACUUAUGUUGAUGGAGAAGUGAGAAAGAAUUGCAGGUUUGUGAACACAUGAGGUGCAACUUAUUUUUAAGGUGGUGGUCAAGAAGACCAAAAUCAUAAGAUUUAUGUAAUAGGGACAUUGUUAAAGUACAAGUUUUCUGUUAUUCAAUUUGUAUUGGUCAUAAAGAGUGGUGUUUUGAUAUCUGCAAGUUGCAGUGGAAUGAAGAAAAGGUAUGUUGUAUACUUAUAUGUACAAGACUGAAAGAUUGUUGCUCAAG